AUGACUGUCCACGAAAAUGAACCGGCCAAGGCCGACUCGGCGCAGUGCCUCUACGAGUUUAGCGGCCGCGACAGUGAGCCGCCCAGCCUCGCCGUGCUCAUCGACAUUGUCGAUUAUUUUCCACAGUCACACUCCUUUUCACAAAACUCCAUUUCAAUUGUCCAAGAACAAAACCACGCAGCAAAAAUGCAGAGACUAUCGAAUCAGCACAUGCAGCUAGCCAUGCGCAGCGCUUUACGGCCACAGCUGUCGCAGCACGUCGUUGUCGCCCGUCGCGCACUCUUGUCCACCACCAGUGCGCGCUGCCGCAACGAUGCCGGCAGCAAGAUCAAGACCACCACCACCACCACCACAGCGCAGCAGCAGCAGCAGCAGCAGCAGCAAGCAGCAAAAAAACCAGCGGCGACGACGGCCGGCGAGUCGGGAAACGGAAACCCAGAGCUGCCCAAAUUUAGCCUCGACGGACUCGGCGUCGGCAGAAACAUGAAGGCUUUCCUCAUCGUGGUGCUGUGCAUCUUUGGCACCAUGGAGACGUGGUUUUACUGCAAGGCCAUCUGGCGGUGGUGGUACGGCGAACAAGGCCUAGCCGUCACGGCGGGAGACAAGUAA